AUGGGCCAACAGAACCUUACAGUGCUGACUGAAUUUAUUCUGAUGGGAGUCUCCAGGCGGCCUGAGCUGCAACUUCCCCUCUUUGGGGUCUUCCUCCUCAUCUACACACUCACAGUGGUGGGCAACCUAGGCAUGAUCAUUCUGACCAAGCUGGACUCCCAUCUGCACACACCUAUGUAUUUUUUUAUCAGACAUCUGGCUUUCAUUGACCUUGGCAAUUCCACUGUCAUUUAUCCCAAGAUGAUGGUGAAUUUUUUUGUUGAUCAAAAUACCAUUUCCUUCUAUGCAUGUGCCAUCCAGAUGGCUUUCUUUAUUACUUUCAUUAUCAGUGAACUUUUCAUCUUGUCCACCAUGGCCUAUGACCGCUAUGUGGCCAUCUGUAACCCUCUUCUCUACAAUGUCAUCAUGUCUCAAAGACUUUGUCAUGUGCUGGUGGGCAUUCCAUACCUCUACAGCAUCUUUCAGGCUCUGAUGAUCACUAUUAAGAUUUUCAUACUGACCUUCUGUGGCUCUAAUGUCAUCAGUCAUUUCUACUGUGAUGAUGUGCCCUUGUUACUUAUGCUCUGCUCAAAUGCACGAGAUAUAGAAUUAUUGAUCAUAUUAUUUUCAGCAUUUAAUUUGUUCUCAUCCCUCAUGGUGAUUUUAGUAUCCUACCUCCUGAUUCUGCUAGCUAUAUAUCGAAUGCAUUCUGCAGAAGGCAGGAAAAAAGCUUUCUCCACGUGUGGUUCUCAUCUGACAGUGGUGGUGGUGUUCUAUGGGUCUCUACUUUUUAUGUAUGUGCAGCCCAAAUCCACCCAUUCCUUUGAAACUGAUAAAUUGGCCUCUGUAUUUUACACUUUGGUGAUUCCCAUGCUUAACCCUUUAAUAUACAGUGUUAGGAACAAAGAGGUAAAAAAUGCUUUUCACAGGGUCUUUAAGAAUAAAUGCAAAUUUUGUAUUUAA